UUUUUUGGACCUCCACGCUCGACACUUUCAUCGAGUUCCGUCCUUCCUUACGUAAAUUCCUUCCGAAGGAACCACGCCUCUUUCCCUCUCUCUCUCUCUCUCUCACUCAAAAACAGAGCACUGCUAUAUGACCAACCCACCAUAGCCACCUCUCUCUCAUCAACCAAGCAGAACUCUCUCUCUCUCUCUUUUCUCUCUCUACACGACCACCAUGUCCGCCGCCGCAAAAGCUCCGUCUCCUCUGCUCUUCUUCCCCGCCAUCUUCCUCCUCGCGCUCUCCCUCCUCGCAUCUCCGUCGACUUCCGACACGGAGUCCUUCAUCUUCGGCGGCUGCUCGCAGCUGAAGUACCUCCCCGGGUCCCCGUACGAGAACGGCAUCAACUCCGUCCUCACCUCCUUCGUCAACAACGCCAUGUUCGCCCCCUACAACAACUUCACCGUCCCCGCCGGCACCACCUCCGCCGACACCAUCUACGGCGUCUUCCAAUGCCGCGGCGACCUCGACCAGAGCUCCUGCUCCCGCUGCGUCGCCCGCGCCGUCAGCCAGGUCGGCACCCUCUGCUCCGGCGCCUGCGGCGGCGCCCUCCAGCUCGACGGCUGCUUCGUCAAGUACGACAACGCCACCUUCCUCGGGGUCGAGGACAAGACCGUGGUGAUCAAGAAGUGCGGGCCCGGGUCGGACAGCUACGACGCCGACGCGCUGGCGAGGCGCGACGCCGUGUUGGGAUACAUCGGGGCGAGCAACGGCGACGGCGCGGCCUACAAGUUCUAUCGGGACGGGUGGUCCGGCGGCAUGCGGGCGGUCGCGCAAUGCGUGCAGGACCUGAGCCCCGGGGAGUGCCAGGACUGCCUCGGGGAGGCGAUUGGGCAGUUGAAGAGCAACUGCGGGGCCGCCAGGUGGGCGGAUAUGUUCUUGGCCAAGUGCUACGUGCGGUACUCGGAGGGCGGGGACCACUCGCACGACGGCCACGAUCAUAACGACGACGAUGAGAUCGAGAAGACGCUAGCAAUAUUGAUCGGGCUCAUCGCGGGGGUCACACUGGUCAUCGUCUUCCUCUCUUUCCUAGGGAAAGCCUGCGAUUCAGCCAAGGAAGGUAAAUGAACUGCACCUGCUGGUUGUGGACAUAUCAAAGAGCUGCAGCACCGCACGCUACUUGCCGUGGUAUCGAUUCGAUUCUAAGAAAUGAUCAAUUGGCUUCGUCUUUUUUCUGUCUUUAUUUCAUCCUUUUUCUUUCUAUCCACUGUCCCUUUUUCGUAACCUUUUCUUUUUCCUCACUCCCUGUAAAGAAGACGUUGAAGGUUAGACUUAUAUAAAAAAAGUGAUCGAGCAUUGAGAUAUGUAGUUCCUCGAAGCCAGUGAAAUGGCAAAGUUGCAAUAAGAGAGAAGUUCCAUUCUACAAUCGCCCCCACCUUUAGUCCUUUUUUAACUGUUAAAGUAUGCUUUGUUCUUCACUGAUUGUGUACAAAAAGCAGACAUUUCUGCGGAAAGUGCUGUUCUUGUAUUGUUGUGGCUUAAUUUAGUUUAUUGCUUUGCAGUUGUGAUCAA